AAGGUGAUUCAAUGGUGAACUACAAGCAUCAUGGUGAACCAUAUGUAGCUGAAGAAAUUAUGAAUGAAGCCAAUGACACAGAAGUUGAAACUGUGGGUGGUGGUGCAACAUAAGAACUUAAUAAUGUCGAAAGUGGAGAUGAGUCGGAUAGUGAUUAUUCGGAGAAUGAUGAGGAACAACAGGCUUACAAUAAACUCAAAAGCAGAACUUGCCCCCAGGUGUUGGUUAGUUCCUGCAAGAAAAUGAAUGUCGCACAGAAAAGAGCAAUUAAUGAGAUUGGCUUUGGAAGUAUAUUCCAUCUAAGUGUGUACAAAUUACCAAGGAAAUUGGGAUACUGGUUGCUAGACAAUUUUCAGCCCAAGACAUGUGAGAUAAAGCUACAAAAUGGACAUAGUGUGCAUAUUGAAUCUAAAGAUGUAGCAUUGGUCUUAGGGUUUCCAAAUGGUGAGCGUGCUAUACAAAAGAAAAGAAAACACGAACAAUGCUCAUUACUUGAAGAGUGGGGUGGGAAAUUCGUAAAAGACAAGAAGAAAAUUCUUCCCACUGAUGUUUCAGCUCAAAUGUUGUCCAAUAAGGAUGGGGGCUUAUGGUUCAUUCGACAUUUUUUGGUUCUUCUCACCUCAUGUUUGAUAGAGACAUCAGGAACUGGAUAUAUUUUACCUCAAAUAAUGUCCCACUUCAGCAAUACAAGUGCAGCCCGACAUCUCAAUUGGUGUGACUAUGUGUUGGAGUGCUUGGUUAACCAUCACUUAACUUGGGCAAAAAACAAGAAAAAAAGUUUCAAUGGGCCGAUUUUUUUUCUGAUGAUGUUCUAUGUUGAUCGGGUUGUCAUUUACAAAAGAAUUGUACCUAGAGGUUUGCCAUUGGUAAGAGGGUGGACAAACAAAUUACUACGAGACAGGCAAAAGACAGAAAUUAGAUCUGGCGGAUUCGGGGGUGGGUACCCAUUUGAUCAACACAAAUCAAAUGAAGGCUCGGUCUAUGAAAAUGUUGAGUUUGCUCAAAAUUCAUCAUUUGCACUGGUGGAAGAAGCUCCAAAUACCCAGCUUGAUGGCAAUACCAAUUCAUAUGCAGCUGAAACAUUUAUGUCGGAAUUUUUAAGAAAAAGCAAGAUGGUUGCCGUUGCAAUAGUUGACAUGUUGAGGUUGGUCGAGCAGGCACCUCAUAAACUGAGUGAACACUCUGGCUAUAAGAGGGUGGUUGACACAACAAAAUCAUUGUUGGGUUGCAGACCAACUGAAAAUAACUUGCAUAAUGGUGCGGAACCAUCUCUAUCGCAGAACCAAGGCACACAGUUAGAUGAUGCAUUCUGGAGCGACCCAGAAACAUUAGCCAUAAUUGAAGAAAUAGAGAAUGCAAUCAUGAAAAGAGGUGAAUUCAAUAAAUCUGCGGAUGACAUACCAAGUUUCAGCCUGGGCUUGACUCAAGAAUUUGCUGAUAAGAUCGAUGAGGUUGUCACAAAAAAUGAUCAGCCAUCCACAUUGAUUCCACCACAAGUGAUCUCAACGAGUAUGCAAUCCACAGAGAAAAAAACACCAAAAGGCAUGAUUGCAGAUCAGAAAAACAUGCAUGUGCAGGAAACUGAUAAGAGUGAUAGCCCUAUAGUAGUGUUUUCAGAAGAAAUAUUCCUACCAAAUGGUCAGUCCCUAAAUCAAAAAAAUAAGAGAAAGAGGGAACAGCUUGAACACGAGAAAUGGAAAUUGAUAUGCAGUCCACCUUUUGGUACUACUGAGCCUGCGACCGGUAGUGGCAAACAAAAGAAGAAAGUAACAUUUCUUGAAAAGUCUUACCAACAAACAUCCAAAGGAAAUGAACAACAGGAUGUGCGGGAAAAUGAUAAUAGUGAUAGCAGUCCACCUUUUGGUACUAGUGAGCAUGCGAUAGAUAAUGGCAAGCAAAAAAAGAAAGUAACAUUUCUUGAAACGCCUAGCCAACAAACAUCCAAAGGAAAGGAACAACAGGUUGUGUGGGAAAAUGAUAAUAGUGAUAGCCCUAUUGUAAUGUUCUCAGAACAAGUUUUUCUAACAGUGCAGUCCAUAGAUCAAACAAAUAAGGGACAGAUAAAGCAGAUUUCUAUGAUCGUGCAUCCUGAACACGAGAAUCAUUCAUUUAUGCGGGGUUGUCACAAUAGCAAAGGGGAAUGGAAAUUGAUAUGCAGUCCACCUACUAGUACUAGUGAGCCAGAUAAUGUCAAAGAAAUGAAGGGAUUAACUUUUCGUGAUACGAUUGAGCAACAAAAACUCAAAGGAAAGGAAAAACAGGAAAUGUUACCUCCAACCAACCACUGUAUGGAGCGCCGAAAUAAAAAAGAUGUAAGAAAAAGCGAGAGGCUGUUAUCACCAUACCAUACCCGUGUGCUAGCAGCGACAUCUAAAUUCAACAAAAAUGAGAGAGAUUUAUGCUUCUGGAUUUUGGACGACAUGGAUAAAAUGGAAGAAGCAGUAUUCUCAAGUGGUCACAUUGAGUGUUUGAGACGUGAGUUAUUAUCAAUUAGACCAUCACUAUUUGUGAGCACUACUGUUGUAGAUGUCUGGGCAACUGUUUUGAAUAACCUGGAGUUGUUAAGGUCACAUGGCUCGCCACUAAGAUUCUUUUUUACAGUCGAUACUUGUGCUUUCACUAUCGUGAACCCAACAAAGGACUGGAGCAUCGGAGUGAGACGUAUCAUGUUUAAUGACUGUAUGACAGAACAACUACAAAGAGCAGGCCAGCAACUUGAGAACAUUGACAUACUUUUUUUUCCGAUACACCAUGAAGAGCAUUGCUACAUCAUGUGCCUGAAUGUGAAGAAAUUGAACAUUGUGUUGAUUGACAACUCAACUUCUACAAUGAAUGGUGCUAUUGAGGUCAAGUACUCUGAUAUACCAAGUACACUG